CAAAAUCGAACCAAACCAAACCCAAUCCUUUCCUUUUAUCUUUGGUUCCGAACACCCCAGUGCACAAGUUAAUUUUGAUUCACGGGGGAUUCUUUCUCUCCUUAUUCUUUUUCCAAUCAAGUCGUCCUUGCACUUCCUUCCAGCUGCGAGCUUCUUGCUCCUUCCUAUGCGCGCACACACACCCUAGACUUUCCACUCUAACCUUCACCCGCCGAUUCUUCGUCUCACCAAUGGCUUCGAAGAAGAAGGAAUCGGAGGGAAUUGCGUUGCUUUCAAUCUAUGGAGACGAGGACGACGAGAUGGACGAUUAUCGGGAAGGAGAAAGCGAGAAAGACGAGGACCCGAUUCCAAUCGACGUCGUUGUCUCACCGGAUAAAGACCUCGGCGGAGAAGACAAUGGAAGAGGCGCGGGAUUGGAUUCGGGCAGGAGUCCGACUCCGUCGCCUUUGGCACCACCGCAGGUGGGAAUCGACAAUCUCACGCCUAGUAAGGUGUCGAACUUUGGGGGUUCUGCAACUGGAACGCCCCAGCUCACGGUUUUGUCACCCCCUCUACCUCAGCCGCAGGGAAAGCAAUUGACUGCGGUUUCUGAGGUGGUUGUGACUAGAAGUAGGCUCACUAUAGUGGAUUACGCCCACGACGAGGUGGCUAUGUCUCCUGAAACUGAGCAAGGAGGAAUCACUACCAGUGUUCAAGCACAUGAUAUAGACGAACUGCAAGUAGUUCACUCUUUAGCUGAAUCACAAGUUAGAAGUCCAUGGAGCUCUCUUCAGGGCCAUACACCCACUAUUCAAACACCUUCUCAUCAAUCAGUAGAGGCAAAUGCUGAUGAUGCAAAUGCUUUGAGUUCUGGAGAUGUUGAUAUGUUUCCUGCAGAAGAAAAAGAAGAUGAUCCACUGGAAAAGUUUCUUCCACCGCCACCGAAGACUAAGUGCUCUGACGAAUUACAACAAAAGAUUAAUAGGUUUCUUGAAAUAAAGAAAACUACUGGAAGAAGCUUUAAUGCAGAAGUGCGAAAUAGAAAGGACUACAGAAAUCCUGAUUUCUUGCGGCAUGCAGUGCAAUAUCAAGGCAUUGAUGAGAUAGGAUCAUGCUUCAGUAAAGAUGUAUUUGACCCACAUGGAUAUGACAAAUGUGACUUCUAUGACGAAAUAGAGGCCGAUAUCAGGCGUGAAAUGGAGAGGAAGGAGCGAGAAAGGAGGCAGAGUCCAAAAGUUGAUUUCAUUUCUGGCGGAACACAGCCUGGAGUAGUUACCAUGGGGAAACCCAAUCUGCCACUACCAGGUGUUGGAUUGAAUCCAGCUCCAACUUCCGUUGAUGCUAUGCCCCGGGAAAGCAGGCACAACAAAAAGUCAAAGUGGGAUAAGGUGGAUGUUGAUCAUAGGGAUACAAUACCUGUUGGGGCACAUGCAGCAUUGCUAUCUACUGGUAGUGGAUAUGCUGCUUUUGCGCAACAAAAACGGAAAGAAGCAGAAGAGAAGCGAUCUAUGGAGAAGAAGUUGGAUAGAAGAUCUUGACAUUGCUGCAAGAAAAAGUUGCGGACGAUCAUUAGAGAUGUAUGUCAAUGCUAAUAUUACUUUGACAAGAUCUAACAUCAUAAUUCUUGUAAUUCAAAUUUACCAUUCUUGUGAAAAGGGUUAUAGUAUCAAAUGUUCAAUUGCUUUUAUGUGAAUUACAUUUGAACUUCAAAACAUGUCCACAAAGGCUUUCAUCUUUUAU